UAUUUAAUUAGCAAAAUAUUAGAGGGUCAGCGGUGCACCAAUUUCCACCAUUCGAACCCUACCUUUCAAGCAACAACAAAGAAACUAAUAUAACCCAUGUACAUUUGGCAGUAAUAGUUGUACCUUCCAGGAGUGACAACUAACAACUACCAACUACCUGACCCGACUCCGAUUUCAUAGCCUUAAUGGAUAUUCUCCGUUACUCCGCCUCCCGCUUCCCUGCAGCUCUUCCUCAGCAUUCCUUCCGCACGCCACUUCGCCGGCGUUUCGUCGCCGUUAGGUCGAGUUUGAGUCUUCCGUUCUCGGAGCAGAAAGCAAAAUACUAUAGAGAGGUGGAAGCUGCUGUUGAUGUUGUCGAGCGAGCUUGUCGUAUCUGCGUUGAUGUGAAGAAAUCGUUGUUUUCAAGUGAUGGUAGGAUUCUUGAGAAAAAUGACCAGACCCCAGUCACUAUUGCAGACUUUGGAGUGCAGGCUUUAGUUAGCUUGGAGAUGAACAGACUUUUCCCCUCUAUCCCAUUGGUGGCUGAAGAGGACUCUGCAUUCUUGCGUUCAAAUAAUCUGGUUGGCUCAGUGGUUGGUGUUGUAAAGGAUAAAGCAACUUUAGGAGAUGAAGUAACAGAAGAUAAUAUUUUGAAAGCAAUUGACAGAGGGGGAAAGGAUGCUUGUGUAUUCGAGCCUAAGCCAGCUACUUACUGGAUACUGGAUCCUAUUGAUGGUACACGAGGGUUUGUUAAAGGCAGUGAGGCUCUCUAUGUGGUUGGUUUGGCACUUGUAGUUGAAGGACAGAUUGUCUUAGGAGUCAUGGGCUGCCCUAAUUGGCAUGAAGACUGCUCCGACAAUUCUAUCAUUGGAGUCCAAGAAAAUAGUAGUUCCAGAUCAGGGAUCAUCAUGGUUUCGCACGUGGGUUGUGGAACAUGGACAAAGAGGUUGUCAGACAUACUAACUGUUGAGUCACGUCAUACUUGGACCAGAUGCUCUGUUGACAGCUGCCAAAUGGUACAGGAGGCACGCUUUACUAUUCCUGAAAGUCAAAGAUGGAAAGCUUUACCUCUGUCGGGUUUAUUUGAUGCAAAAACAGAUCCUCAGAACAUAGGAGAAGGGAGCAUAAUUCUUCUGUCUGCAUGUUGUGGGAGUUUGUGCAAAUAUCUGAUGGUGGCUUCUGGUAGAGCAUCGGUUUACAUUCAGGGGAAGAAGGCGACAUCUAUUAUCAAGGUCUGGGACCAUGCUGUCGGAAUCAUAUGUGUCCAUGAAGCUGGAGGGAAGGUGACUGACUGGGAAGGAAGUUCACUUGAUUUUGCAGCUGAUCAAACUGAAAGGAGACUCAUAUUUCCUUCAGGCGGCGUUCUUGCCAGUAAUGGAAGCUUACAUAGCAAGAUUAUCGGAAUGAUCUCUUCAAAUUCAUCAGUUCUUUGACAGGAUACUGAGAUACUAAUGAAGAUUUCUACUACUUCAUCAAUUGUUAAUGGCACUUGCAUUCUUUUGACGAAUCACAGCAUACAUAUCAUUUUUUCUCCAUUUUCUGUACUCCACCUGGCGGUCAUCAGCAUCUCUCUGCUGUUUCUCAUCAACACUUGUAUCUUUCUUCUUUUGGUCUCUACUGGCAGAUAAUAUACUUCAUUAGUGAAAUGCUGUGGAGAAUGAUUUCAUGUUUACUGCUUUCAGAAUGUAUAGUCUUAUAGAUCUGUAUAUUUUUUUUCCCUUCACAAGGUAUUAUAAUGAAGUGAAGAUCUUUCUCUUUUCA